GCUAGCCACCAUUGUGGUGGCGCCGCAUGGUCUUCCAUGAUGAUAUUUUGCUAAGCAAGGGUGCGCCCGACGUAGUUUCACAGGUGUUUCAGGUCUUUGAUUGAGAGAAGGGGUUGGCGUGCGCGUCUUCGCCUCUUUAAGCCAGACUUCCUGGUUUUUCUUGCCCGCAGCCUUGGUGGUUGGCAAGCAAACCUUUGCCAAGCUCAAACAGCGCUGCGUUCGCUUAUAGAAGGCGCGGGGCUCUCAGGCAUUGGUUUUUAUCGCGUCUCUGCUCAACAUUAGUUACAAUCUGGCUAAAGGCAAUCUGUAAAACUACAGCUGGGCUUAGUCUCUGGAAAUUAGGCCACCGCACACACUCUUUAUUCUGGGGCACUCAACCAGAUGCCAAUUCUAGGAGGGCGUGUAACUAGGUUGUCACCGUAAAAGGACGCUUUUCCAGACACAAAGGCGUUCAUGGUGGUUCGUACAUUAGCGAUGGUCAUGGACGCUAGCAAGCGGGUGGAGCAACCGAAUGCUGUCUCUGUGCUGCCAGAUGAGAUCUUUGAGGCGAUCUUCAGUCACUUGACAGCCCUGGAGAAGGCGCGUGUUGCGGGUGUCUGCAGGCUGUUCCGGGACAUAGCCUACCGGCCACGUCUAUGGCGUUCGCUCGACACAUGGGGCCUUGGCUGGGACCGCAAGGUGGCCGCUACCAUCAGCAGCCGAUGCACCGACUUGGAGGAGCUGACGGCGCGCGGAGCAGUGGCCGCCCUCUCUUGCAUACACCUCAAGGCCCGAAAGCUACGGAAGUUGCAUUUGGACAGUUGUGCCGAUCUUAUGGACGCUGCAUUGGGCGUCCUAAUCGGACGCCACGAGGGGCUGACGAGCGUGCACUUAGACGGGGCCGCGUUUCUGACCAACGAGUCAAUCGAGGUCAUUGCGCUGGCGUGCCCGCUGCUUGAGAGUCUGCGCGUGGGGGGUUUCAAGGACUGCGUUGACAAGGAGGCGCUGACGGUGCUGUUCGAGGGCUGUCCAAAGCUGGCGGAGCUGUCAUUGACGGACUGCCAAAUGGUGGAUGAAGGGGGGCUAGCCGCAGCCACGCAGCUGCAGCUGCUGUCACUUGCGGGCUGCAAGGUGUCCAGCUGGGCCAUCGCUGCCGAGGUCUUGCACAAGCUGCCCAACCUAGUUGGCAUCGAUGUGUCGCGCACCGAGAUCUGGACCACCAACGCGAGCUACCUGCUCUUCAACUCGCAAAGCCUUUCCAUCUUGAUCGCCCUCGACUGCCGCUGCGUCAACGACGCGUUCAUCUCCAGCCGCCUCCUCUCACUCUGCCCCCGGAAGCUCGCGGUCUUCAUCCUCGACGGCGACCUUACCCGCUCGCUCGCCUGCGUGCGGUCGCCCCCAAACGGGGUGGCUCAAGCGGCUGCAGAAGUCCCCCCCCAAAACUCGCCCACGAAACCGGGGGCCAAGCUUCCCGCAGAAACGAUACCCCUGAGAAGCACACAAACCCCCCAUCUGCUGCCGAUGGUCCAAACGCGCGCGCAAGCCCUGGUGACGAGCAUCGCCGACCUGCCCUCCCUCGUUUCACCCUCUUCUUCCCCCCUAAAAUGCACGGAACCGGGACCCCCUGUGGGAAAAAGCGUUUGGGAAGCGGAAGAGGGAAACGAUGACGCGGUGCUGACGUCAGCGCAGCGGCGGGCAGCCGACUGGGUGGAGUGCGCGCUGGUGCACGGGCUGCAGCGAGCGGCGGAGAAGAAGGCGGAGCUGGAGCGGUUUUGGCUGCAGAACGGGACGCGGGCGUUGGUGGCGCUUUUGCAAAGCGAGCAGGCGAGCGUGCAGGAAAAGGCGGCGGUGACGUUAGCCGACUUAGCCAUCGACGAGGCGGACACCGUGACCGCCCACGUGGAUCGAUCGACGUCGAUCUACAAGGAGGGCGCCAUCGGGCCGUUGCUGCGGCUGGCGCGGCGGCCCGUGGACAGUCUCCAGGGAGAGGCCAUGAAAGCGCUGGGGAACCUGUGUGUGAAUAAGCACGCGGCGGAGCUGGUGGUCCAGAGCGGGGGCAUCGGGGCCUUUCUGAGGGCGGCCAACUCGGCGAACAAGUGGGUGGCCGAGGAGGCUGCCGGCGCACUGUGGAACCUGUCAAUGAACGACAGUCUGAAGGACCGGAUCGCGGCGGCGGGCGUGCUGGAUGCGCUGGUGGGCCUGCUGUCGCGGUGGCCCAAAGACGCGGAGGUGGUCCAGGAGCGUGUGGCGGGCGCUCUCGCCAACAUGGCGAACCACGAGGCGACUAGCUUUUCCAUGGUGAACGGCCCGUGCCUCGGCGUCCUCAACCGGUUGCUGCGCACGUCGUCGCACGAAGGACUCCAAGAGCAGAUCGUGCGCGUGCUGGCCAACCUAGCCGCACAAGGCGACUGCAACACGAGCAACAACGUCGCAAUCGCCCGUACCCCUUUCUGUCUUUCCGCCCUUGUCGCGCUCACCAAAGACGGACCCCCCAUGCUGCAAAUCGAGGCGGCUACCGCUCUUUGGAACCUUGCUUUCGACGAGGGGGUUAGGGAACUUAUCGCCGCCGAGGGUGGGGUUCAUAGUCUGGUCGGGUUAGCGAAACAGUGCUGCGGGGGGGAGUUUUUCGCGUUGCAGGAAAGGGUAACCGGGGCGCUUUGGGGGCUCUCGGCGAGUCAAGGAAAUAGCGUGUUGAUUGGGGAGGAGGGGGGGAUCCCCCCGUUGAUACAAAUGGCGCGGUCAGCGUCCGAGGACGUCCAGGAAGCCGCCGCGGGCGUCCUUUGGAACCUUGCGUUCGACACGCGGAACGCGCGCAUCAUCAAGGCGGAGGGCGGCAUUCCAGCACUGACGGCACUGAGCGUGUCGCCCCAAAGCACGCUCCUGGCCAAGUUCAUGGCCGUGCUGGCGCUAUCGUACCUGUGCGAUUCGCAGGCCGAAAAGGACCGCCACUACGUGCUGCGGCCGAGCGACGACCGCAAGGAGGUCUUCCAGCGCAUCUCCGCCUUCGUGGACGAGCACAGUCAGCAUUACGUCAGCGAGGUGCCCCACCUGGAAACGCUGCCCCGCGCCCCGCCGGCGCCAAAAGGGCGGCGCUGGGAGGUGCUCCCGGGGAAGGGCCCCUCCGUGCUGACGUGGCAGGUGACGUCAGAGGCGAGCACGAUGCGGGAGGUUGGGGACUUGCGGUGCAGUGACUUUGAGAUCGAGCGGUUCACGCUUAUGCUUCGGGACCCGUACGAAACGCUCCAGCACUGCGCCGCGUUUGCUCUUCUCCAGUUCACCAUGCCAGGUGGCAGGCACACGCCUCACCACGUGGCAGCCAUGCGAAAGGCUGGGGGAACGGAAGUUCUGAGUGCCAUCUUAAGUAACAGCGCUGGUGCUUCUAAGAAGCUCCGGUGCUUAGUGGAAUUGAUUGUUUGUAACAUUGAAGAAAGCGGGGGUCAUACAAACCAUAAAGAUUGACGUCUUAACGGAAAGGGUAGCUGGGGAUACCUCGUCAAUAGGUAUGGCUAAUGCUUCGAGGCGCGAAGCGUUGUAUAGUAUGAUUGCUGAAGUACUGUCCAACCCAUAAGGCUCUGUUCUAAUGUGGAGGACAUUGAUUAGUUGUUCCCGACAUGGACUCAGGCUCGCAUUGCGGUGCGCUUAAUGGGUUGCAGAUGAUAUUGAGGUGUUGAUUUCUAGUCCCGCUGAG